AACCCGAGUUGUGUGCCCUAUAAUUGACGUGAUCAGUGACACUAGUUUCGAAUAUGUCCCGGCUUCAGACAUGACCUGGGGUGGCUUCAACUGGAAGAUGAAUUUCCGGUGGUACAGAGUACCACAAAGAGAAGUUGACCGGCGCAAUGGAGAUAGAACUCAACCUGUCAGGACACCCACAAUGGCUGGUGGCUUGUUUUCAAUUGAUAAAGAAUAUUUUGAAAAAAUUGGAAAAUAUGAUGAAGGCAUGGAUAUUUGGGGUGGUGAAAAUCUGGAAUUAUCUUUUAGGAUUUGGAUGUGUGGUGGAACUUUAGAGAUAGUAACAUGUUCACAUGUGGGACAUGUAUUUAGAAAGUCAACACCUUAUACAUUUCCUGGUGGUACUAGUAAGAUUGUAAAUCAUAAUAAUGCUAGACUUGCUGAAGUCUGGCUUGAUGAAUGGAAGGAUUUUUUCUAUGCUAUCAAUCCUGUUGCUAAAAAGGUUGCUGCUGGCAAUGUCACUGAAAGGAAAGAACUUCGAAAAAAUUUGGGUUGUAAAUCUUUCAGGUGGUAUUUGGAAAACAUCUAUCCUGAAUCCCAAAUGCCUUUAGAUUACUAUCAUCUUGGUGAAAUAAGGAACGAAGUAACAAAUAAAUGUCUAGACACAUAUAACAGGAAAAAUGGAGAAAAUGUGGCUGUCAGCCAGUGUCAUGGGAUGGGAGGAAAUCAGGUAUUUGCAUAUACUAAGCGAAAACAAAUAAUGUCAGACGAUAAUUGUUUGGACGCAUCAUCUCAAAGAGGUCCUGUCAAGUUAGUUCGCUGUCAUGGCAUGGGUGGAAACCAGCAAUGGGAGUAUGAUGAAGAAGAAAAAACGAUUAGGCAUGUAAACACUGGAAAAUGCUUGGACAAGCCAGAGGAUAAAGAUCCAACCCUACCUGUGCUAAAAGACUGUGAUGGUAGGAUGUCACAAGUAUGGAUUAUGAAAGGCAAAUUUAAAUGGCAAGUGUCAUAAAUAUAACAAAAGAGAAUAGUGAACUUUUGCAUUUGAACAAAUUGAACACUUAUGUGCUAUAUUGUGUAUGAUUUCUCUACCUUGAAGUUCCUUCAAAAUAGACUUCUAAUCAAGGAGAAAUAAGACCGUAACUACAUUCCAGUGUCACAUAAGAAUACAAUCUGAAAGAGAUAUUGAGAUUUCUUGUGUAUAAUUUCAUAGUUCCUUGUGCUUGAUUAUGUUCCAAAAAUGUAUAGUGUUAAAUUUUUUAUUUAUUUUAAUAUAAUUUAUUUAAACUUUAUAGGUUUUGAUUUGUAAUUAGUAAACAAACAUUCCUCUUGGUAUAUUUUAGAUGCAUAAUUUUAAUGAAAAUCAAUUAUUUAUUCCAUUUAACAUUAUGAACUUGAUAAAAAUUUGAUUAUCAAGUUCGUCAAAUGUGGUGUCAAAGGACAAUUUACUGCCUAUUGGGCAAAUGUUAAUAAGUAUAUAUUUCUUCAUAGUCGCAUUGUUGCCCUAAAUCAUGGUGCCAAUGAUAGGCAUUAAAAAUUGUGAUAUAAGUGUUUUUCUUCUGAAAUUUUUGUCCAAUCCAAAUUUUUUUGUAAAUUCAAAAUGCUUUGUAAUUUAAAAAUCCAGAGUUACUAAGCUGUAGAAAAUUAUACAAGCUGUAAAAUAUCUGCAAAAUAAAAAGUCUUACUUUUUAUAA